CGUCGUCAGUCGCUUUCGAGGAGCUUUGUGGGGCAGGUGUGUUCAGGUGGUUUUUGCUCUCCAGGUUCCACCGGUUCCAGCUCCAGUUCCAUUUUCGCAUUUUGCAUUUCGCAUUUCCCAACUGUGUGUGCCUUAAACUGUUUUUCCACAACAACAACAACAACAGCAACUCGUAUCACAACACUAGCGUCUUUUUUCCGUCGGUUUUGUUGGCUUUUUCUCGAUAUUUUCCCACUACCCCAUUUGACUUUUUCGAUACGUGUGUGCAACAAGAAAAAAGGCAGACAUUGAAGAGAUUUUUGCUGGCUUGGCCACAAAUUCAUAAACACCACCCCCAAACCCACGAAAAGAUUUUAUGCAAAUGCAGUUGUGUCGGUUGUCCACCCCGGAAAAACUUGUGUUCUUGAUUUGCAAAAGUGAUUUCUAAUUGUUUCGACUUCUUGGCUUAACUUGUUACAAAAAAAGUCGCGAAAGAGUGAGUGAGAUAGAGAAAAUAGGAGGCAGAAAGAGUAUCGCGGAGUGUGUCAAUGUCAUUGGCCCAAGUGCUUUUGAAUUGCUAAAGGAUUUCACCUGAGUCUUACAUUUCUGGACAUGGAUAUAUAAAAAGUCUAGUUUAAUGACGUCACUGCUGGAGAUUAUCAUGCGAUCGAAAGCGCUUGCUAGGAAAUUUAAUCAGGGCUCCAGCGGCGACGACUUCGAUCCAAGUGCGAGUGCAGUGCGUCACCACCAUCACCAUCUCCAUCACCUGGAUCUGAGUGCCAGGAGCCAGGCCUUCAGCUCGCUGCCCGAGCCCAUUGAGGAUUCAUUCGCCGCCCGCCAUCGCUUGCCGCAGCAGGAUCCCGUGGAGAGUUCGCCUACGAGGCGGGAUCAUCGGGACCUUCAGGAUCAGGAGCUCCUGCAUCAUACCAAUCAUCUCCAGCAGCAGCAGCAGCUACAGAGACAACAGCCGCCGCCUCCGACGUUGCCGCUGUCCCUGGAAUCGUCCUCCGCCGCCGCCGACGGCAUGGAGGCCUUUUUCAAGGAACGCGCCCAGGCGACCCACAUCCUGCAGGAGUGGGCGCGGAGGCGCGAACCCGUCUGUGAUCUGGACAUCCGCGAAAGCGGCGGUGUCUACGCCAAGACGCCGCUCCAGAGGGGCACCCGCUACGGACCCUUCCCCAUGAAGCUCAGCCACCAGCCCAACGAUCCGCAGCUGGCGUGGAAGGCUAAUAGCAGGCAUUAUAAUGGAUGGCUAGAGCCCACAGAUGAUGUGUCCACAUGGUUGAAAAAAAUCCGAAGCGUUGAGGAGGACGAUGGCAUUGGCGAGGCUAAUUUACAGAGUUACAUUAAUGGCGGUUAUCUGUGGUACGAGACGAAUCGUUAUGUGAAUGCUGGCAGUGAAAUGGUCGUCGACGGGCGACCCAAAAGUCCCGUUCAACUGAACGAGAACUUCAUGAACGGUGGCAAAGUCCUGGCGGCAGCAGCAGCAGCAGCCGCUGCAGUGGCAGCCGCCUCUUCCACGGGAGCGAAGAGCGGGGGAGGGGGGAGCUCCCUGCCCAGCGAUGACCGAAGCGAUCGUGAUAAUGGCUCCUUGUACAGCGGUGACGAAUUCUCCAAAGAUAAGAAGAACUCCUCGCUAAUCAGCCAAGGAGAUAUCGAUUUCACAGACGACGAAAACGGUUUCGAUAUACGCUGUGAGGUCUGUGAUAAAGUCUAUCCGGAUUUAGAACUCUUGGACGAUCAUCUGGUGGGCGCUCAUCAUUACAAACAGGACGAAUUCCCCUGCAAGCAGUGUACACUACGAUUCUGCCAUCGUCCUUUGCUGAUUAAGCACGAAGCAAUCUCCCACAACAACAUACGGAAAUAUUCCUGCGAGAAUUGCAGCAAGGUAUUUUGUGACCCCUCGAAUUUACAGCGGCAUAUUCGCGCCUACCACGUCGGAGCACGCUGUCAUCCGUGUCCGGAGUGCGGGAAAACGUUCGGAACCUCGUCGGGCCUGAAGCAGCACCAGCACAUCCACAGCUCCGUGAAGCCCUUCGCCUGCGAGGUGUGCUCCAAGGCGUAUACGCAAUUCUCGAACCUGUGCCGGCACAAGCGCAUGCACGCCACCUGCCGGACGCAGAUCAAGUGCGACAAGUGCAGCCAGAGCUUCAGCACCACCACCUCCGUGACCAAGCACAGGAAGUUCUGUGACUCGACGGGUCCCGUGUAUCGCAACCAGCACGUGAAUCGCCACCAUCCGCACCCACAUCACCCGCAUCAGGCGCAUCAGCAGCAUUUGGCCGCCACUGCCACAUCCACCUGUCCGGUGACACCCAGGGAAUCCCCGGAAUCCUCGUCCUCAGCCGCUGCCGCCGCCGCCGUUGCCGCCAUGUCGACGCCCACACCGAAUCCCUUCCUAAUGCUGCGCGCCGGACCACCAUUCUUUCCCGGAUUUUCACCAUACGGAUUUCCCGCCUUUAUGCCACAAAAUGCUCUGCAUCCUACGAACAUUCCAAUGUUUUUCCAGAAAAAUCCCAUGGACAUGGCCUGUGCUGGACCCGAGAUCACUUCCCCGAUUUCGGCCUUUGAUCAGAAAUUACCGUUUGGCUUUCUGAAGGGCGAGGCCAGUAGUUCGCAGGCUUAUGAAAAAGUGCAGGAAGAGGAGUUGGCUUUCCAGUCGCAGGAAAAACUGCAAGUUUCCGAAGGCGAAGAUGAAGAGAGUCGCAACUCUCUGGACAUGAAAAUGAAAUCGGAAGAUGAGAAAAAUGAGAAGAAUUCUGAGGAUCAGAGAGAGGUGAAGCGGGAACCCGAGAGGGUCAACAGUCCCGACCAGCAGCAGGUCGAAGAUGAUAGGAAAUCCAUUGACAUCGUGAGCACUCCACCGCCAGCGGACACACCCUCUGGAGGAGACGGGCCGCUGGACCUUUCGAUCUGUCGCAAGCGACCAGCAUCAUCAUGCUUAUACGCGCCCUUGGAAGAUAACCUCCUGCUCAAUCGGUUUAUGCCGAGAAUACACGAGUUCGAGGCCGAAAGGGAGCCGCCACUGAAAAUGCGCAAGUCGCACAGUUCGGCGGAGUCGUCCAUCUCGCAGAAAUCGUUCAGGGGCAGCAGUCCCACGCCCACCGCCUCGCCGGGCCCCACCCCCUCACCGUCGCCGCCCACGAGUGCGGGCGGUGAGCUGAGCAGCACGUCCGAGGGCGCAGUGGUAGCAGCGACGUCGGCGGCUGCAGCAGCAGCGGCAUCUGCAGCGGCGGGAGCAGUGGACCUGGCCGCCCUGGCCCACUUAACCCACGCCCAGAACCAGCCCCACAUACAUCCACUCUUUCUGGAGGAGAUCUACCGCUCCGGGCUUCCUUUUUUAUGCCAACCGGGCGGACGGCGCGGCAUUGAGGCGCUGCUGGCGGGAGUCGCCAGUACAGCAGCAGCCCCAAAGCGGCCGCUUCCGCCCGUGAAAUUCUCGACGGGACUCAAGACCAAGGAUCGCUACUGCUGCAAGUUUUGCGGCAAGGUGUUCCCCCGAUCGGCCAACCUGACACGGCAUCUGAGGACCCACACGGGCGAGCAGCCCUAUCCCUGCAAGUACUGCGAUCGGGCCUUCAGCAUUUCCUCGAACCUGCAGCGUCACGUGAGGAAUAUCCACAACAAGGAGCGUCCCUUUCGCUGCGAACUCUGCGACAGAUCCUUCGGCCAGCAGACGAAUCUCGACCGGCACGUGAAGAAGCACGAGUCGGAGGGCAACAACUUCCGGGAUUCGCCCAGUUCCAAUGGCAUGGCCGAACGGGAGGAGUGCUUGGACGAUAUACGCAGAUUCAUGAAUUUGCACACAUACACACCUAAUAGCCUGGCCGGCCAUGAGGGCGACACCGAGGAGUAUCCCAAUAGCGACGAUCAGUCCGUGAACCUUGAAAAGGACAGCAGCAACUUCAACAACAACAGCAGCAACAUCAGCAACAACAACAGCAGCAACGCCGGCAACAACAGCUCCAAGGCCAUUACAAUAAGCUCUUAAAAAAAUAUCAGAAUCAGAAACAGAAUAAGAGUGCUUUCCUUGUUGUUAGACGAAAAACUUACUUUAACUCUUACUUAAGCGUGCCUCCGAGAGGGAAAACCUAUCUAUAAGUAGUUACCAUUUCCACACAACUCGUACUAAGCAAAACACUAAACAUUAGCUAUGCAAUCAAUGGAAAAAGACGGUGAAGCAUCAAAACUUAAACUACAAAACAAGUAAAUACAAUUAAAGGGAAAACUUUAUAAACUAUAUACUAUACAUACUUAAACCCACUCUAAAACCACCUUAAAAGUGUAGCUAAUUUAAACAUCUGUACAUAGACAUACGCAAGUCUUAACUUAGUGAGUCGAUUUCAACUACUUUGGAACUCUGUGGAUUAUAUACAUAAAUAUGGAUAUUUUGAUUGUACGUGUAUAGGCUUUGUAUGUAUACAUCAAUCUAUAUGUGUAAAUCGAUUUAUAACGUAUGUCGUAAGUCUAACAUAUUUAUAGAGCUAAUUAUUGCAAUUCUCAACAACAAAAACCAGAAAAACAAAA